CCCGUCACAGGCGGCAGCGGCUGCAGAGUUCGGCGAGGUAGUUCCGGAGUGGCGCACGGCGUCCCGGAACUGAGCCGGCCGGUGUUUGGAGCUCGGGGCGCGGGGUCGAGCAUGUCGGGGCGAGGCAAGCAGGGCGGCAAGGUGCGCGCCAAAGCCAAGUCGCGUUCGUCGCGCGCGGGCCUGCAGUUCCCCGUGGGCCGCGUUCACCGGCUGCUGCGCAAGGGCAACUACGCGGAGCGCGUGGGCGCGGGCGCGCCGGUCUACCUGGCGGCCGUGCUGGAGUACCUGACGGCCGAGAUCCUGGAGCUGGCGGGCAACGCGGCGCGCGACAACAAGAAGACGCGCAUCAUUCCGCGCCACCUGCAGCUGGCCAUCCGCAACGACGAGGAGCUCAACAAGCUGCUGGGCCGCGUGACCAUCGCGCAGGGCGGCGUCCUGCCCAACAUCCAGGCGGUGCUGUUGCCCAAGAAGACGGAGAGCCAGAAGGUGAAGAGCAAGUGAACCCGACGGGGGCAGAGCCCACCGCAGCCCGCAGCCAAUAAAGUCGGUGAAAAGCGAGUAAUCCGGAGAGCUGUGUAGUCGCGGGACCGACGGGGUGCUGGGUGGGGACGCGUCCCGAGUUUGAGGCCAUGUGGGAGCCAGAGGGGACCCAGUGGCAGGGUUGGGAGCUCCUCCUUGCAUCACAGUGGGCAGGAGAAACGGAGAUGUGCGGGGGAGGCUACUCUGGAAUUAACUUUGCCCAACCACCCAGGCCCUCUCAGGGAGGAGUGGUAGGAGAAAUGUUUCGAGCUAUGCGCAAGAAGUUGCCUCGCUGGCCAUAUUUAGAAAGGUUGAGCUACUUGGAGAAGACGAGAACGUAGGGACCUUGACAGGUGCUAGUAAUUUAAGAGCGGUAGUCUUCUGAGCAAAUAGAUAGUACGUAUUUAUGAUCUGAAUACCAACCGUGUUCACGUUUCUGUAAAAUGAAGUAAUUUGUGCAAUACGGAAGUGAGUCAUGAAGUUUGCUCCCUCGACGGUAUUGCAUAACAGCGGGGCCCUCGGUCUUUACUUAGGUUUAGCAGCCUUUAAAAUUCUCUACUCUUGCUGCUCACAGAUGGCGCCUGCCAUCCCUGCACUUGGGAGUAGAGCGUCAUUCGUGGCUAGUGAGUUCGAGGCCAUUCCUGACCCACAUUACGAAUAUGCCCCCAAAUAUAUACAUACAUUUUCCCCUUAAGUUUUAUCUUUAUAUCUUCUCCAGCAUUGCCCCUGGAAAGUAGUUUGCUUUUACUUAAAAUUAAACCCUGCUUUUAGGGAUAACGCUCCUGGAGCCCCGUUUCCCCAGUAGCUCUAGAGCUGUGUAAUGGCCCGGUAAGGAGAGGAAGGUCACGUGAGUUAAGAGAGCAAGAGAAACUCACAGGUCUCUGGAAAUGCUAUUCUUCCCGUGGCCCUUCCAUUCCAUCCUCAGCAACUCAUUCUGCCCACAGAAUCCACAAAAACCACCCCAGAGUAGGUUUCAUUCGGCUUCAUUUUUUUCCUGGGAGUCAGAAUCGAAGUCUUCGUCUUCAUUUGCGGUGCGUGGCUCAUUUCCCCUUGUCCCCUGUGUUGAUUGGCUGUCUACACCAUCUGCUAGUAUCAGGUGGAGAGCCUGAGUGAGGCCAGCUAGGUUGCCACUGUCCUGAAACCCACUUUUCCUCCCUUUUCAUGGUUCCCGAAGACAGAA